UCACGUAGUACGCGAACUGAACUCGGACGCAACGCAAGGCGCAGAAAUCGACAAGUAAAUAGACAACAGGUCAGUUUAGCACAGAGAGAGAGAGAGAGAUAGAGAGAAGACCCCAGCAAAGAUGCGCAGCCUGAAUCGCUUUCGUCUGAUAACCUUCGAUGUGACCAAUACGCUGCUGCAGUUUCGCACCAGUCCCGGCAAGCAAUAUGGCGAAAUCGGAGCACUAUUCGGUGCGCGCUGCGAUAACAAUGAGCUGGCCAAGAACUUCAAAGCGAACUGGUACAAGAUGAAUCGCGACUAUCCGAAUUUUGGCGUUGAGACGUCCCCGCGUCUUGAGUGGCAGCAGUGGUGGCGUCAGCUGAUAGCAGGCACUUUCGCGGAGAGCGGCGCACCCAUACCCGAUGCAAAGUUAGAUAACUUUGUCAGCCAUUUGCUGGAGCUGUACAAGACAACCAUAUGCUGGCAGCCGUGCAACGGCAGCGUGGAGCUGCUGCAGCAGCUGAGCAAGCACAACCAGCCGGAUAAACACUGCAAGGUCGGCGUCAUAGCCAACUUUGAUCCGCGACUUGAAGCGCUGCUGCGCAACACAAAACUUGAUCGGUACUUGGACUUUGCGCUUAACUCGUAUGCGGCGAAGGCUGAGAAACCGCAAGCGGCUAUUUUUGAGCGUGCCAUGGCUGAAUCUGGGCUGGAGAAGCUACGGCCGGAGGAGUGCCUGCACAUUGGGGAUGGGCCGACCACGGACUAUCUGGGCGCCAAGGAGGUGGGCUGGCAUGCGGCGCUGGUGCACGAGAAGAGCUAUUCGUAUCUGGCCAAGAAGUAUGGCGUCGACAUCAACAGGAAUCACGUCUUUCCCAGCCUCUAUGACUUUCACAAAAAGCUGUCUGACGGUGCUGUCGUCUGGUAGACAAUUAUAAUGAAAUGUGAUCUUAA